AUGGAGGAUGAUGAGGAUUUACCGCUCCACCUGCCCUCGCCGAUGGCCAAGAAGACGAAGAGCAAGGUGAAGAGAAGAGACGAUGCUCCUGACAGGACGAACCUUAUGCCAAGAGAGCGAGAAAUGCAGCAUUCUGCUGCAGACUUCUCGCUGUUUCGGCUGCUACCUUCCGACAUUGUUCAGAAGCACAUCUACUCGUUGGUGCCAGAGUUGGUCUGCAAGCACAUCCGAGUCUCAAGAUCGUUUCUUCAAAUGCUGCCAGAGACGUCCAGGAUUGACAUCAACAUCAGUGAUGAGCGCGUUGCUCCGAUCACUUGUAACUCCCUGCUUCGAUUCAUGUCGAAGCAGGACCAAGAAAUCAGAGUCUGUAUACAGGAGCGUCUUUUUUGCCCCGUCAUAGUGGAAGCAUUCUCGAAAGCGAAAGCUCGCAUCGUCCAGAUCAGUGUCUCCUUCUGUUUUACAGAUCUCGAGCGAACUCGCCCUCGAUACAAGCCCAACGAGUUCGACCCAAUGGGGUGGACACAGGAGGAGGAGGAGGAGGAGGAGGAGGAACCAGAGGAAUGGAGGAACAAGAAAUGGGCGCUGUCUGCUUCUUGCGAGAACAUGGCCAAACUCCUCCUCGCUGCUCCUGGACUACAGGUCUGCGACUUUCAUGGGAUAGAUGCGCCAGCCCUAAGCAAGAUUUUCGCUCACAUCUUCGAAAGCAAGAAGCAGAUGAAGUGGAAGGCGGAAUUCGCUUCGAAACCCAAAUGUUUUUCUCGCUUGCGAUAUUUGUCCCUUGAGGGAUGGAGAGCAGAAACCCCAAUCUUAUCUCAACUUGCAUCCUGUUUGAUCCUGGAUAGCCUUAUCCGACUUGACCUGUCGAACUGUGGCCUGACCGACCAAGAUAUUUCAGCCCUCUUUGGCGAAUGGGAUAGAGCAAAUUUGUCUGGAAACAUUCUAUUGGAAGAACUAUAUCUGGACGACAAUCACAUUACAUCGGAUGGCAUUGACAGCAUUGCAAAGUUUCUUGGAUUCGUCGACCAUGAUGUAAUCGAAAGAAAAAAACUGAAUAGAUUUGUCAACCUCCGAGUGCUUGACCUUUCAUCGAACUCCGUGGUCAGUGGCCGGUCCAAUAAGUUCUCCUACAUCCUCCACAAUUGCAAGAAUCUGCGUGUGCUCAAUCUUAAGCAGAGGAGAACUUUGAUGUUUGACCAUGCAUUGCUUGCUCGAGAUCUCGAGACUCUCAACCAACUCGACUGCUUCAAUGAGGUCACGCCGUGGGGGAAGUGGAGAAGGCCAAGCCUGCAACAGGAAUACACGUCGAGGUUCUGCUCCAUGACUUACAUGGAAGACAAGAAGAUGCAGGUGAAGGACGGCAAAAGAAUGAGCAGAACGGUUCUGGACACGGAUCAGCCUCCCCCCCCCCACGUCCUCGAUCUCCACCCUUGGCCUCUAUGCUUUUCCAUCGCGGAGCUGAAAUUUCUUAGCCAAUCGCUCCCUAGGGUGAGACCAUCCCUCCAAGAGCUCAGGUUCACCAGCCCGGUUCAAGACCCUGGAUACAUCUCUGAGAUCCUCCCAGCUCUAGAGGAGCUGAUCCGAGAAUGUAAGGAGCUGAAGGCUGUCUUUCUCGACGACGUCGAGGUUUUCAAUAGCGAGAGAGAGGACGAGGAUAGCAGCAUCCUUUUUCACCGGCAUUUCGACCCAGGCCUUGAGAUUCAUGACAAGUGGCCCCCACCAAUCUUCAAAAGAAAGAUGGAAAAGGCCCAUCUCAUCACAACAAUUGAUGUUGGACAGAACGCUAGGCGUCAUUAUAUCUGUCCAGUUGAGUUCCAAGAUGGUCUAUCGAGCAUGCCGAAGCUGCAGUCUCUGAUUCUUGCAGACACCAAGCUCCAGGCACGCGGAUGCAUGGUAGUGGUGAGAGCGGCGGCGGAGCAUUGCAGGGCCCUGCAGCAACUUGACCUUUCUAAGAAUGGGAUAACUGUGAAGGGGAACGAUCAGCAGUGGUGGACGGAGGGGAAGCGAACGAGAGACCUGGACUCACUGGGAGGAUGCUUGGGGAUGUGGAAGGAGAUGAGACUUUUGUCCUUCUCCAAGAACUCUCUCGGUCCCCUCCCGUGCCGCGCCAUCUUCCAGGCCAUCCAGACGUGGGAGGGGGAUGUCGAGCUGCGUCUCGAAGACGUCUCGAUUGUGAUGCUGCAUCUAGAGAGAAAUGAUCUGUGCAAUGGUCGACUGCGAGCGUUGCUGGAAAACGUGCUACGACCUCUCAACAAAAGAAUUUCUCUCCACUCUCUCAGCCUCCAGCACACAAAGCUUGGCAACGAGGAGCUUGCGGUGCUUGCCCAUCACAUCCUCGACGAGCAUCAGCUGUCCUCUUCUGCCCACCUUCCAUUGAACGACCCCUCCUGUGCCAGCCCUCAAUGUCACAGAGGAUUUCUGGAGCUACGGGAGCUCGACCUUCGCCUGCAGAUGUCAGGAGCGCAGGGGCAGGUGAAGCUCGCCAAGGCGCUGAGAAGUCUACAGCACCUAACAACUCUUGACGGGAUCUCCACUGAAAUUAUGAUUAGCAAGCAGCAGCAGGAAGGAGUAGAGGAGAAGCUCGAGAAGGAAGGGAAGGGCAACAGGAAUCGUAAGGUGGGGGUGGAGAGGCUGAAUUUCUUGCACACGGACAAGCUCCCUCACGGGCACUAUCAGGUCUACUCUUCUUCGACAAACUCCCCUUACUCAACCCCUCUCUUUCAGAUGGAUUUCAUCUUCAUGCGAAUGAGGCGUGUACAUACAAUCAUCGGACGGCUAUGCAUCAGGAACCAGGACAUGGGCAAGAAGCUUUCAGAAGAGCUUGCGGAGCUGCUCCCCGGCAUGAAUCACCUGCGGCAACUUGACUUGGGGUUCAACCAGCUCAAGAGGGAGGGGAUUUCGAAGAUAGCUAGAGGUUUGAAGGAGGUGAUGAGCGGGUUGGAGAGUCUGAACCUUGAAGGAAACGCUAUCGGGCCGGAUGGAGCGAAGGAGUUGGUCAACCUCUGGUCGCUGAAGCUUCACCGCCGGUUGAAGCAUCUGAACAUGAGCUCGAACCGACUGGACUUGGAGGUGAAACACUAG